GGCGCUGGGCCCCGCCCAGGGAGCCGCCAUGAAGCUGACCCGCAAGGCGGUGCUGUCCCGCGCCAAGGCUGCCGAACUGGAUGCCGUCCGCAAGCUCAACUGCUGGGGCAGCCGCCUCACAGAUAUUUCAGUAUGCAGAGAGCUGCCCAACAUUGAGGUGAUCACAUUCAGUGUGAAUGCUAUCUCUGACCUGGAGCCGUUAAGUCAGUGCCAGAAUUUGAGUGAGCUCUACCUGAGGAAGAAUAGUAUUGCCAGCCUGACUGAACUCUUCUACCUGAAAAAUCUGCACCGGCUGAGAGUCCUGUGGUUGUCUGAGAAUCCUUGUUGUGGCUUGGACCCCCACCGCUACAGAAUGACGGUGUUACGCAACCUCCCCAACCUGCAGAAGCUUGAUAACCAAGCUGUGACGGAAGAAGAGCUGUCGCAAGCGCUUGUAGAUGGCGAGGAGAUCACUGCACCCCCAGCCAAACAAACCAUAGAGAACUGCUGCCCAGGGUCAAGUGAAUCCAAUGCUACUGAAUCCACAACAGAGACGGAGAAUGAACUUCUGCACUUCAGUCUGGAGGAGACCAAUAAAAUCCGAGAGCAGCUUGGCAUGAAACCUGUCCCUAGAGAUAAAUUUUCCUCCUUUUCACCAAGAGAAGCAGACAGCAGCCGGAAGAAGAAGAACAACAUCCUGAAUGCCAUCCUGCUGCUCAUGAAAGAGCUGGACACAGAGGGACUGGAAAUCGUCCACCAGACGGUGGGAAGGAGACUCCAAGCCUUACAAAAGAAGGAGCUUCAGGAAGAACGAUAGUGCCUGUUGCAGAACUCUCCAGAGUAGCCAUCUGGUGGGUUCACAGCACCAGAACCAGACUAGUAGCACCUGCUGCUGCCUACAUGCACUUCAGGCUACAGGGAAAAGCUCUGUAUCCUGCUGCACUUUACCUGUGGGUGGGUUUGCUAGGAUGCUACUGACUGUAAGAUGAAACGAGUUCUCAUAACUGCAUGACAUUCCCCUUGGCCGUGCAUGUUGUGCCUAUGCUCAGAGCAUCUGAUGUAGUCGUAUUGAAUACUUUUAGCCUGCGUAACAGGCUCUGCUGUGUUUGUAAUUUGUGUGGCUGGCUCAGGGCUUCGCUAGGAGUUCUCAGGCAAAAGCGAGCAAUAUAAGAGGAAUAAGAGAUUCGUAUCUGCUGCUACUUGUGCUAAUGAAAUGGAAUGGCGGGGCCUUCCCAGCAGCAAGAAACGCCAUGUCUACUAAAGCCAGUAUUGGAACAAACCUGUCACAGCAAGGCUGGGCUGAAGCCAUCUAGCUGCGGUAACUGGUCUAUUGGAUAGUAUCCCAGCAAGGACAUAUACUGCGCCUUGAGGCAUGGGAGAAGACUUCAACAGCAGCUUCCCUCAGUGAAGUUUAUUUUUAUGAAAUCUAGUUUACAAAAUGGACAUGUCCUAUAAUAAUCAUUAAAUCUGUGGUGCAUUUCUCAGA